AUGGUGACUUCCAGCAGCAGCGAUUAUGAUUAUUACUAUUCUUCUAGUUCUUUCGAAGAGGAUUCCAAGACUUCUGUAGCCAAAGCUCGAUCCAAGACGGAUCAUGUUAAGGAAAUGAAACAAAGCAUGCCUCUUAACGACCGUAAAGUUACUCGUGAUGAACUCUUGAAGAGAAAAGCCGAUGAUGAGGUGUUAGCUGAUUAUCGACAAAGGAGGGACCGAUUCCAGCGCAGAAAAUUAACAGCUGAGGAGAAACUUCGAUCUCGUGCUGACGGUGUAGCUUCGGAGUCGGAUGCUUCGGAAGACGAACCCGUUGAUCCUGAUGAGAGACCAGACUUCGUCAAUAUCCCUAACAAUGACUCUGAGGAAGAACCUGAUGAGGAUUCUUCGAAAUAUAAUGAAGAAUCUGAUAAUUCUGACAAAUCCGACGAUUCCGAUGAAUAUGAUGCGUCUGAUGAUUAG